ACAAUUAAAGAGGUGUGUGAGGCCUAACUAUGUGUUGUGUUGCUAUUCCAGGCUUCAUCAGAGUAUCUUAAUGUUUGGAAAGUUCUGAGACCCACCCUCGUGGACUACUUGUAACCAGUGCCUGAGACUACAAAAACGUAUGUGUGGAAGAACCUUUCUGUGAAGGAAGCAUCCAUCUCAAUAUUGUGGAAACUCUGUGCAAGCCUUGCAAGGCGAGAGAGCAAUUUGUGCUUCCGUUGACGCUCGUGUGUAAUCUCUGAUUCUUAUGCACUCCAGCACCCCUAUCAGUUCCUUGUUCUCCUUUACCAGCCCUGCAGUGAAAAGGCUGCUGGGCUGGAAACAAGGAGAUGAAGAGGAAAAGUGGGCAGAAAAAGCUGUUGAUUCCUUGGUGAAGAAGUUAAAGAAGAAAAAAGGUGCCAUGGAAGAACUGGAAAGGGCUCUGAGCUGCCCUGGUCAGCCCAGUAAAUGUGUCACGAUCCCACGUUCCUUGGAUGGUCGGCUGCAGGUGUCUCACCGCAAGGGUCUUCCCCACGUUAUAUACUGCAGAGUGUGGCGCUGGCCUGAUUUACAAUCUCACCAUGAGCUGAAACCACUGGAAUGUUGUGAGUUCCCAUUUGGCUCAAAACAGAAAGAAGUGUGCAUUAACCCCUACCAUUACCGGCGGGUGGAAACCCCAGUCCUACCUCCUGUACUUGUUCCAAGACACAGCGAGUUUAACCCUCACCUCAGCCUCCUUGCCAAGUUUCGAAACACUUCUCUGCACAGUGAGCCGCUGAUGCCGCACAAUGCCACCUAUCCUGAUUCUUUCCAGCAUCCUCCAUGCACUCCUUUUCCAUCAUCACCCAGCCACAUGUUCUCUCAGUCGCCUAACAGCAUCAGCUAUCCCAACUCACCAGGAAGCUCUUCUGGACCAGGAAGUCCCUAUCAGCUCACAGUGGAAACUCCACCUCCACCUUACCAUGCAAGAGAACCUCCAGGAACCCACAAUGGGCGGUCAAUGGAUGCAAUAGCUGAAAGUCAACUAGUGCUGUCUUUGCCCAAUGGAGGCAAAUCUGCUGAUGGAGAAGCUGAAAACUUUCGGCCUGUUUGCUAUGAGGAACCGCAACACUGGUGCUCAGUUGCCUAUUAUGAACUCAACAACCGGGUAGGGGAGACUUUCCAAGCUUCGUCUCGAAGUAUCCUCAUAGAUGGAUUUACAGAUCCCUCAAAUAACAAAAACAGGUUCUGCCUGGGACUGCUCUCAAAUGUAAACCGCAACUCAACUAUAGAGAACACCAGGAGACACAUAGGAAAAGGUGUUCAUCUUUACUACGUUGGUGGGGAAGUUUAUGCUGAAUGUGUCAGUGACAGCAGUAUUUUUGUGCAAAGCCGUAACUGUAACUACCAGCAUGGUUUCCACCCAGCCACUGUCUGCAAGAUCCCCAGUGGCUGCAGCCUCAAGAUCUUCAACAACCAGCUUUUUGCCCAGCUGCUGGCCCAGUCAGUAAAUCAUGGUUUCGAAGUGGUGUAUGAGCUGACCAAGAUGUGUACUAUUCGAAUGAGCUUUGUUAAAGGCUGGGGAGCAGAGUAUCAUCGCCAAGAUGUUACAAGCACGCCCUGUUGGAUUGAGAUCCACCUGCAUGGACCAUUGCAAUGGCUGGAUAAGGUGCUGACACAGAUGGGCUCACCUCAUAACCCCAUCUCCUCAGUCUCUUAAGAAUCAUCUCUAGAAUUCCCUUAGGAUGGAUGCUAUUGCAGGCAGUGGCUUAUAGGAUUUCCAGUGAACAGAAACUUCUAUAUGUAGAUGUACGUAGAUGUAAAUAUAUCUAUACAUAGUCUAUGCUCCUUUUUUUAUUUCCAUGCUAUUUUGUGGUUUCUAGUUACUCCGAUGCCAGUACAGUAAGUUUAGAAAUUCAGGUAUAGCAUAUCUGUUCUCUAGUGCAAAAUAAGCCAGAUUUCCUGCAAAAGUGUCAAACAUUUCCUGUGAGCAUCUUCAUUCCCCAGCCAAGCCAGUAAACGGUGCAAAUUGUCAGCACUUUCAUGCAGAUUCAGAAACCUGGCUGUAGCUGCUCCUAGUAGGUGAAAUUCACCCCUCUGCAGGCAACCAAAGUCAGAUCUCUGCACCAUUCAUAUCCAUUUUACAUCCUAAGGUCUAAAAGAGGACCUUAGGUGGUGCACAGGACUUAUGCAUAGAGAUGACUUUCAUCCAGUGAACUGAAGGACUAAACUGCAAUUCCAGUCUGUCUCCCUACUGCAAAGCACAAUGGGACAACAGAUCCUCUGAGGAGCUCCGGGGUAUCCCUGUCUCCUGUAGGAUUUGGCAGGAAGAGAGGGGCCUCUGGACGCGUUCAGCACUGGAGCUUUACUGGAGCAUUCUGGACACAUCCAAGUAGUCUGAUACUUCUAACACAGUAGUGUAUGGUACUGCUGCACCAAAAAGCAACAAGCUUCUAAGGAAAAAAAAAAAGAAAAAAUUUGAAAUAUAUGCCUGUAAGUUUAAAAACCAGUUAACUUCAGUGCUUUUUUGCAAAGUACAUACUUGCAUAUGUUUCCGGCAUGUAAACUGAAUCCUAUCCAUUAUACAGUAUUGAUGUAGCUUGUUUUAAAGUUAGGACUGUCUGUAGUUAGACUACUGUGCUGAUAUCAAGUGUAUGUCUGAAAGGGACUUGAACUGUGAUUCAGAAAAGAGAAAUGAAGUGUGCAUCGAAGAACUGAGUAAUUACUGUAUCAUUCAUCUUGGGAUAGUCUCUGUACUGGGAACAAGAAGCCCCACGCUCAGGAUGCAAUGAAGAGGAGGUGGGAGUCAGCCAUCUCCACCCCAGUGCUGGGCCAGUCCUUAGGAUCUGACUGCAAUGCUCAGGUUUGAUGGAGAGGGCUUCCCUGGCAGUCACUUCACACAUCCCCAUGGAUGGUUCCUCAUCUUAGAUAGAGGCUUCAGCAUUUGCAGCACUUUUGCCUCGCCGCAGAGGAUGGUAUGGUAGUAUAAGCCACAACCAAGCCAAGAGUGAAUCUAUGUGCAGAACCUUUCUUAAAAGGUUUAUGGUCCUUCUGUAAGCAGGGAAACCUAUGGCCCUCACCUGCAUCCACAGAGCCCGCCUUGCAAAAUGCUGUUCACUUGGUAACUUUUUCUGAGGAGGCAGGUGAUACUCUUAUUACGUUUUGAUGGUCCUCACUACCUUGCUUAAGGGGUAGAGGGUUAUUUCUUUCCAGGCAUAACAGUUCACUGAAAAUUAUUUUGCUUUAAGGGUCAGAAAGAGCGAUAACUUCUCCAGUCUUAUUCCUCCUUAGAACGUACCAGAAAUAUCCUGAGGAAAAAAAAACCAAAACAAACGUUUUACAGAAUGUUUCUUUUCUUCUCACACAAUAUCUGGUGCUACACAUUUUACUGUAUAAUUACAAGAGGAUGCCUGAAAUCAUAUAAUCACAUAAUGCAAAGGAAAUAUCAUUCACUAGAAAGACUUCCCAUAUGUUUUAGAUGCUGUGUAAUACCUGUUACGGUGGUAAUUAUGAACAGAGCAGAAGAAUUAGUAAACUAGCAAAGUUACUUCAUUUAAUGAAUCUUCAGCUGCCUGCCGAAUUUGUAGGGCACAGAGGAUACAUUAUUGAGUCUGAGCAGUAAUAGCAAGUUUUAUAGGAAAUCUGUAAAUACAAAGAACCCUAUUCUGUCACCAUUUGAGAUCACCAGUGUCACUGUGAGAUAGAAAAGCUUUCCAGUCUCUUGCAGCAAUGAAUUCCCAUAAUAAUGUUACACAGAAAUUCCAGGUGUGCCAUUUAUGAUUUAGCAGACUUGAAAGAGAUCAGUAAGGAAAAACGAUGUUUUCCUCAGCUCCCUCUGUCAUCAGUGUCACUAUACUGAAGUACUGGUAAUACAUUUUUAAGCAUAUUAUUGCACCUUUUCUCCUGUAACUUCUCUGUGCUUUUCAUGUUGCUUAUCCCUUUGCUUUCUUGGCACCCAAGGACAGAGAAAAUCACCUCUCCUGUCUAGGAUCUAGCUCUGUCAUUUAUCCUAGAUUCUUCCUUGCCUUUUAGGCUGAAACCUCCUUCCCUCUUAGUACAGACAGAAGCUGAUGGGUUGCUUUUAGACAUUCCUAGCAUUGUCGUCUUCCUCACAGAUAGCAAAGGGAGAUGUUCUGAGGCGCAUCUGCUCUUGGGC